AAGUGGCGCCAUGGUAGGCCUUGAGGGGCGCGAGUGAGGAAAAUAAAGGCCCGCCGAGGAAGGAGAAUUCCCUUCAUGAAGGCCAUGGCGCCUCCGCCUUCCUCGCCCUUAUCAGCUGAGGAACAACUAGGCCCUACGAGGCGGGAGAAGCAGAAGGGAGCCGCUCCCUCAGCGCGGGUGGAGACUUCCUCCUGUUGAAACUUCUGAACAGUGUUGGUAGAUGUGACCGUACCAGUGAGAUGCCCAAGAACAGGAGUUCUACUUCGUAUGGCCCUCCUCCAGCCGGCCUGCCAUGACCGCCUUCUUCACCAGCGUCCCCAAUUGGAUUCAAGAUGCAAAGCAGGAGGAGGAGGAGGCAGGCUGGAAACUAGUGCCCCGGCCCAAGGGCCGAGAGAGCGACCUUCAAGGGAGAUGCCAGUAUGAGCUGUCGGGUGCCUCCUUCCCCAGCUUGGAUAAGCUGAGAGCAAACCCAGAGCAGAGACCCUACUGCUGUCCACAACUGCACUGCGGCAAGGCCUUUGCCUCCAAAUACAAACUGUACAGGCACUUGGCCACCCACUCUGCCCAGAAGCCCCACCAAUGCAUGUACUGUGAGAAAAUGUUCCACCGUAAGGACCACCUCCGCAACCACCUCCAGACACACGACCCCAACAAGGAAGCGCUUCACUGCCCUGAGUGCGGGAAGAAUUACAACACCAAGCUUGGCUAUCGGCGCCACCUGGCCAUGCAUGCUGCCGCCAGUGGUGACCUCAGCUGCAAGGUGUGCCUGCAGAUGUUUGAAAGCACCCAGGUCCUGCUGGAGCACCUGAAGGCCCACUCUCGGAGGCCCUCGGGCAGCGUGAAGGAGAAGAAACACCCGUGUGACCACUGCGACCGGCGCUUCUACACACGCAAAGAUGUGCGGAGGCACCUGGUCGUCCACACGGGCCGAAAGGACUUCUUGUGCCAGUACUGCGCCCAGCGCUUUGGCCGCAAAGACCACCUGACCAGGCACAUGAAGAAGAGCCACUCACAAGAGCUGCUCAAGAUCAAGACAGAGCCAGUGGACAUGCUGAGCCUCCUGAGUUGCAAUUCAGCCGUCGCCGUCAAGGAGGAGCUGAGUCCGGUCCUGUGCAUGGCCUCCCGGGACGUGAUGAACAGUAAGGGUUUCCCUGGGAUGCUGCCCAUGGGCAUGUACGGGGCUCACGUCCCUGCCAUGCCCGGCUCAGGAAUGCCCCACUCUCUGGUCCCCAACCCGCUGCCCAUGGGGAUGAGCUACCCUCUGGAGUCGCCCUCCCCGCCACAGCCUCCCCCAAAGUACCAGCUCGGGUCUACCUCAUACCUGCCUGACAAAAUCCCUAAGACAGAGGUGGACAGCUGUUUGGCAGAGCUCCCAGGUGGUCUGUCUCUGGUGCCCGGGGAGCCCUCCUCGUCUUCCCCUCAGCCUCUCACCCUGGAGGAGACACUGCUCUCCAAGAGUCCCGCUUCGCUUUCUGAGGCUCUCUGUGCUGCUAACAUGGACUUCUCCCACCUCCUGGGCUUCCUCCCCUUGAACCUGCCUUCGUGCAACCCGCCCGUCUCUUCCGGGGGGCUGGUCAUGGGCUAUUCGCAGGCAGAGACCCAGUCUCUCCUCUCCACUUUGCCGCCUCAAGAUUCUCCGGGAGGUGCCGCUGCCUCCUUCGGCUUCGGGGCCCUCCAUUCGUUGCCUUCAGUCUUCUCUCCUGGCUUGGGUGCCACCACCUUGCCCCGUUUCCACCAAGCAUUCCAGUGAGAGGCAGAAGACGGAGCUUCUCUGAGUGUGUGCGGAUGGGGCGCAGCAGAGGUGCCCGCUGUGUUUGUUGUCCUACUGACCCAGGGGCUGGGAAGGCUUCCGGAAGGGUUUUCCAAUGGACUGGAACUGCCGCGUCACACUAGAGUGUAUGGCCCAGUCCUGGACAGUGAGUAGGUUGCAGCAGAUAGAAUUUCAGGUAUUUUUUCCCCUCCCAGCCUCAUUCAACAAUCAGGAGCCACCCAUCUCAGUGACUUUCCCUGGGCUUUCUAGCCUCCUUCCACUUAAGAGAGAAAGUUGGUUUGGCGUUCCCCCUCAAGUUAAGGUUCUGCAUUUCAGUGUUUUGGUCCAUAGGGCAGGCUGAAAGCAUUGGCCUCGCUCUUUCCAUCCCACCUCUGUCGUCUCUGCUGGUCAUCCCUCAGUCCUCAGCCUGUGGUGUGGACAGGCCCAGUGCCACUUUCUUCAAAGGCGCUUCGCAGAGACUCCUUCCAGCAGAAUCAUGUUUACGCAAAUUCCCCAGAUCCUUUCCCCACCAUUUUACCAACCAGGAAGGGCUAGGAGCAUAUAGUUGCUGUGUCCUGGCCUCGAUCUCACACUGUUUACACUGUGGAAUCGGAUCACGCCGAUUGCACUUCACUACUACUUCCAUUUCUUCCCCUGUGGGGAAAAUAGAACUGACUUUGGACUGCCUCACCUUUUGCCAAUUUAGCAGUCUAUGCUGUGAGUGACCCCCCCCCCCCCCCAAUUGUCAGUAUGGGGCAGAAAGGAUGCUGCAGUGCAGUUGGUCUAGCUUGCUUCCGUUUGUCUGAGAGCAGUGUUCCCCAAAGUGAGGUUGGGACAGGAGUGGGUGGGAACUAGCGUUGCCUUGGGGGACUCAUUCCCUUUGUAUCUAGCACUCUUUGUCUUGGGAGAUCUUUGAUUUCUGAAUAUUGAAGCACAAACAGACAAACCUUAGGGAAAUUAUAAUGGCCUUGCUGGCUGGGAGUGGGGUGGGGGAGAGGGUGUCCUAGGAGUUGUCAUCCCAAAGCGUAACUUUCCCAAGCUCUGUGAGUGAGUUUAGUGGAAUGGUGAUGACAUGACAGCUCCGUACCUCCAUGUACUGAGAAGAAGCUGGGUGAUUCUACCCUCCACGUCUUGGCUUGUUGUGCGAAGACACCAGGCCCUGCUUUGGAAAAGGCAAGUCCUUCCCACAGAGCAGAAUGUGUUUGCCUUAUAGGCAGAGUAGACAGGCUGGACAGACACAACUAGCAGAGGCUGCUUGGCCAACUGUUAGGAGUGUUUUGAUUGUGUGUUCCUGCAUGGCAGGAGAUUGAAUGGGAUGGCCCUUGGGGUCUCUUCCAACUCUAUGAUCUGGGCCUGUGAUGCAGCCUCUUUUUAUCCCUGCUGCCUCAGUAACAUUGAUCCCGAUUGUCUGUUAAGUGCGAUAAUACUUGUGGGUGGGCAGGUUUAACUCCCCAGGGCCCUUUGUCUGCACCCCUCCCUCUCCGCUCUGCACUGUUUGCCAGCCUUGCUCAACCCCCAAGCCUCUCAUACUCCCUUGCAUCACUUUUGGCCAUUGCAGCCCAUCCUGAGUUUCCCUUAAGGCCUUCUGUCCCUUCUCUUGCACAGCCUCCUCCUACUGUUUCCUGCACAUUUGAGAGAACACAGCUGUAACUGGGAUAGGGGUGGAUGGGGAGGGGCUGCUCUUGGAAGUUUUGCUGGGAAGAGCUAGAUCUUCUGAAUCAGUAAAUCAAAGGGAGUGAAUGCCCAGGCAGCCCUGGACUUCAGCUGAAGUUGACUGCCACUGCUUGAGCGCUCCCAUUUACCUGUUGCAGCCUCACAACUCCUUCCUCCCUCUUGCUUUAAGGUCUGCCUGCAGUCUCCAGCCUUACCUCAGUUACUGGUAUGGACUGCUCUGUAUCACAGCAAAUACCUCAUGGUGUUUCCUCUCUGUACAGACUCACACGUGGUCCCUUGUUGGGGCCAUACAAGCCCCCAAUGCGCACUUCUGUAUACCUCAUAUCCGGUGGGGGGCAAGCAGCCCCCUUUUCCAUGCCCAGGUAUUUUAAGCCUACCUCUGCACUGGGUCCUUCGAUGGUCCCUCUGGAUCCCUGAAUGGAAUGUUUGUCUACUAAUCUGGGUUAAUUCCAGCUUGCUUUAAAGCCUAACCUCUCCCCAUCCCCUUUGAUUUCUAAUAUUUUGAUAUUUUGUGCGUGGGGUUCUCCUCUCUCUGACGGACAUGCCUUGUAGGCUUAGCUUAGCUAGCUGCGCUCUAGUUGUAGUUGUUUUCAUAUCAGUUUAAUGUUUGGCCUGAUACUUAGCUCAGCAGUUUCAUGUGGUGGUGAGCUCCACAGACUGUGCUUCCUGAGCUGAUAAUGCCUUUCUGAUUUCAACCAUGUGCCUUGCGCUGAGUAAAAAGGAGGCUGCCAGGGCUUCUCCUUCUUCAGUAUUUUUAAAUACCUCACUUGCAUUUCCUUUGACACACUUUCCCCUUCAGGAAUUGUUGCACAUUCUCUUAUGCAAUUCUCUCAUCACAUCCCUACCUCAAGACCUCAGUGCUAAGUUUCCACACUUUGUUUUUCAACCGUGGUACAAGACAUGGCCCGUUCAAGGGAAUGCCUGAGCUGGGCUGCAUAGUUUUUCCAGCCUCUGGCACUUACUGCUUUUUCUGUUGCCUGUUUUCCUCCUUGCAGUUUUAUGUUGUGGUGAGAUUUUGGCCUGGGACACACUCAACAGUCUAUGAAAGCUUCUGCCACCAACUGCGCUCCCUGUUUGCUUCUAAGGCGCCUCAAUAUCCCUUUGCAUCCUGCUUUUCCAGACUAACUCUGUUACGUCCUUGAGUUCAAGCUUCUGGCUCCCAUGCUUCUGAAUGUGUCGCUCCUCAUUAGUUGCUUCUUUCAUUACUCAACCUGAAAUAGAAGCAAGGGUCUCUAAGAAUCUUUAUUGAACGUUUUGUUAGCUUGUGUGCGGUUGGUAAUAGUGCAUUGGAUACUUAUAUGCUUAACACAAGCCAAUGACAGGGAAAGGGAACAAAGAAAGAAAAGAAUAUAUUAAGUCAUUAUGGCAUUCUCAGUUGCAGAAUGGGCCAAAAAGCAGCUACAAAUGUUUGUCACUUAUUUGUCUCAUCUGAUCUUUUCUUGCUGACAAUUUGGCCACUUAUUAGUGGAAAUUUAUUAGAAGUCAAUCAGCAUUAUAUCUGUAAAUGACAGAGAAGUGGGGAUUAAUCAUGGUGGCUGUAUUAACUCACCUCUGCCACCUUCCCUUGUUCCAGUAUUGUGUUGACGGGAAAUGGCAGCAGAGAUGAGAAAACCUUUCCGCCUCAUUCUUAGGGCAUUUCUCAGCACCCCAGUGGCAUUCUCAUUGCACUUAUGUUUCAUAGCAUUUUGAGCUGGUUUUUUUUUCUUGCACAGAAAUCCAUGCAUAUUUUUGUGUUGAUUUUGGGGAGGGAAGGGUGUAUGUCUUUUUCUUUUGACUAAACCAUGUUCAGGUGCAUUUUCCCCCAAAUCUGCGGGUUUCCAAAAUGCAUUCUGUUCUUUUUCCAUAUGAAAACAUGAAGCCAAGAAAUGCCCAUCCCUAAAUCUCAGUACAUUUCAAGCAGUAAUUGGAAGAUUGAGUCACAGUCCUGUAAGCCUCAUCCAUCAUUUUCAGCAAAAGCAAUAGAAGCAAAUAACAUGCCAUUCAUGCAGAUCUCUCUCACGUGUCAACAUAUUCUAAGGCACCUUUUGGAGGAGUUGAUGGGGUGUUUUUAUACAGCAAUCAUACCAGUCCGCUUUUUCUCUUGUUGAAUGAUGUCUGGGAGGAAGAUGGCUUCUUUCUUUCUGGAAUAGGCUGAACCUUUGUCAAAUAGCUUUGCGAAAAAAAGGAAAAAACAAUAAUCAAUGCUCCAAUAGCUGGAGUAUCAAUGAUCAGAAAUGCUUGAGACCAGAAAUGUUUGGGAUUUUUCAUGUAUUUGCAUAUUGUGUUGUCAAAGGCUUUCAUGGCCAGGGUCACAGGAUUGUCAUAUUUCACCCAUAAGGAGAGAUCUUGGAGAUGAGACACAAGUCUAAACACAAAAUUUGUUUUUGGCUUCAUAUACAACUUCUGCACAUAGCCUGAAUGUAGUUUUUAUGCAAUGUGUGUGAAACCCAAGUUUGUCAACACUGAACCAUCAGAAAGCAAUUGUGUCCCUAUCAAAGCCAAACGCAGCAUGUAGAAGGUUGUCUCGCUGAUAUACACACUGCUUGAUUUUAUGUGGCUGAUUUUUGAUCUAGGAUGUCCUAUGUAUGAAAUGGAAGAGGCCUUUAUUCUCAUUCCCUGGCUUCACCAAAACCAUUCUUCAGCUGCUCUCCAUUUCCUUGGAGUUUAGGACUGACAUGAUCACCAGCAAGUGACCCAGACAUAGGUGCAAACCUCCCAUUUGCAUGCUUGCCUGGAGCCACCUAGCAUCUGAUGCCAUUGGUGCACUUUGCUAAGAUUCAUGAGCGACCAAGCUGGCAUUGACCACCACUAAAGCAACAAAGAUUGUCUCUGGUGCAGUCAUGGCCAGCUUGAUCUCUCAUGAAUGGCUAGAAUUGCCUUCUGAGGACUGAAGAUGUAGUAAAUGAGAAUUGACUCUGCUUGGUUUCCUUUCUUUUGUCAUCCUGGUCGUUCCUCAGCAUACUUUUUGAUCUCCCCAUUGAGAGAACUGGCCCGAGUUUCACUGGGGACUGCUUGUUUUCCUUUUGAUAUUGGCAUAUUUUCCCCCAGUGUAUGUUAUCUCACGUUCUUGCAACGAUUGCUAUCUCUUGCUAAAUUCAUACGCACGGUCUCGUGUUCUUGGGAGUGCCUGGUUCCAUGUACAGUCAGCCCAGCACAUUUGUUGAGGGGAAAAUAACCAAUCAGAAACUAUAUAAAUAUAUAUAUGUUAUUGAGAGAACACUGUCUAUGAAACUCUUAGUCCUCCAGCACAACUCUCUCAAAAGUUUAUCAUAGAAUCGCACUGGAGGACCUAGGGAUUUCUUGAAAGAACAGUUUAAAUCCACAGAAGUCAGACCCGCAAAUGUUUUCACAGAGGUCUGUGUCCAAGGCCCCAUUCGCUUUUGUUCCAAGACAGCUGUUCCUUCCCAUUUGUUUGGCAAUAUACCCAUUCAGGUAGUUUCAGUCUAGCACAUUGUAAAGCCUUAUCUCCCUUUAACUGGCACAUUGUAAGCUCUUAUCUCCCCAUUAUUGAACUUGGAAGCUGCUUGGAACCUUAGAGUCAUAUCUUCUGUGUUCCUCUAUCCUUGGAAUCUUUCCUACCAUUUUUUUGCGUGCAUUUCGUGCCACUUUUCAGACAGUGUUUGGCCCAAAGGAAAAUGCAUCCUUCCACAGUUAGUGGAAUUAACUCUAAAAAUACCACUAAAUCACAGAAAAGUAAGGGAAAGGGGGCAGGAAUCUCUGCUGGAUUGUCAGAAGAGACAACACAUUGCUUUCGACUAGUGCUCUACAGGAAUUUCUUCUUAAAGAAACAGUAUGCCAAUGUUAUGUGGGCUUAUUUCAACUGCGCUUUGUACUGAGAGCCAGGCUUGUGUCGUGUCGGCUGGACACAAUAUCUGACUUAAUAUAAGGCGUACAUAGUAUAUAUAGUCACAGAAGUGGGGCUAUGGGUAGGAGUAAGUCAAAGAGACUUGUUUAAACUAGUGCUAUACAGGAAUUUCUUAAGGGCUUCUUCUGGAUGAGCUUAGUACUGAGAGUCAGCUUGAACUCCCAUAUCUGAAUAAUUAAAGACAUAAAUAGUAUAUAUAGUCACAUAAGUGAGACUUUCGAGAGAAGUGAGAUAUCUGAGAGAUGAUGUUGGCCCCUUUGUGAUUCUGAUUCACGUCAUGGCUUUCUGUAUUUUGUAUAGCAACCACCGCUCUCAGAUUGGUCCCUCUCUUGAGCAUCCGUGAAAAGGACGCAGGUGUUUCCUUUGGAUCCAUAAAUGAGACCCAAAGCUUUCCAAAUCUUAAUAUCUAGGAAGGUUGGUGUGGCCUCUUUUUCCAGCACCCGGCCAAGGUCUCAUUGACUCCCUGGGGUUGUGUUUUAGUCAUCUUAAUAUCCAGAAGAUUGUGUUUUAUUUUGAAAAAUGUUUAACGUGAUGUGUUUUAACCAAGGAUUUUAGUUUUUUAUCUGCUCAGCACAAUGCCCCUUUGCCUUAGUACGGAGCUUUCCAAACAUUUCAUGUCAGUGACACGUAUCAUUUCGCGACACAGUCAUGCAGUUUUAUUAACAAACAAAGCAUGGGCAAACUUUGGCCCUCCGGGUAUUUUAACUUCAAUUCCCACAAUCCCCAACAGCCUAUUGGCUGUUAGGAAUUGUGAGUGUUGAAAUCCAAAACACCAGGAGGGCCAAAGUUUGCCCACGCCUGGGUUAAACCAACCUUUUGUAAGUGAUCCAGACACAUACAUAAACUGUCAUAACGAAAUGCAUGGGGAGACAACAUUUCUCAUAAAAACUUUUCAUUUAUAGGGUUUUAAAAAAUAUAUGGUGUAUUACUUAUUUCACACUGACUCAGAGGUUUCUCCUUCCUUUCGCGUAACACACCUACAAACAAAUCUGUUGUGACCGUUUGGAAAGCUCUGCCUCCAUGUAUUGCCUGCGGCUGGGGCUGUGCUUUCUGGAUGUGCUUUGGCCAGAAAUGCAAAGGAUCAUAAGGGAAUAAUGUAGCCGCCUGACCUCCGAAAAGGGGCGAGACUUACUGGCUUACAACCACCACCUUCCACUUGGCUUAGACUUACGCUCUGCUUGAAUCCUUGCAGCCACUUCAAUGGGGUACAUGGUGCUUCUAGGACACACUCUUUGUGUAGUUGUGCAGCCAGAGCACCACACCAUUGGCCUCCAUAGGCAGACAAGCAUCUGCUUUGCUUUGUGGAAAGAGAAGGACAGGGGUUUGGUCCUUCCUUCCCUUUCUAUAGGGCUGAAAGGGAGCUGGGCGCCUUCUUCUGUCGCUGACCCCUUUUUGGAGAAAUCCUGGCACCAGCAGCUCCUGCCUGCCUGUCCUCUCUUUGCUCUUCUUCAGCCUGAAGCUGGACUUCUCAAAAAAAAACAAAUCAAGCACUUUUUUCCUCUACAAACACAGCAAAUAACCUCCUCUUUUAUCAAAGUAUUGUAGGGGCUUCUCACGCGAGUCCCAAAUGUUUUUAAACUGUACAGAUUUGAAGUGCCAUUAGGACAUGUGCAGCUCAUCAUGGCUCAGUUAGCUUUUUUUUCCCUCUUUUUUUUUUUUGUCUUAACAGAAUUAAGUCCAAAAUGAAAAGAGGGUGUGUGUUGUUUUUUUUAAAAAAAAUAAUGAAAUUGCUUAUUAAAAUUGUUUGAAGUUCUCA